CAAUGUGUUCAAGAUGUGAAUUAAAUAUUUACAUGAUUUACAUAAUGUUUUGAGGCUUUAUCUACGAGAAUUAUUAUGUAAAAUCUGGUAAUUUUUUCCGUAAAAGUGUAAUAACGGCGAAAUGAAAUGUUCGCGAAGAUUUCAUCAGUAAACUUUUCAGUCUAGUGAUGAGAAGUGCAUGUGCAAUUGUGGGAAAAUGUUCAGAAAUUUGAGGCAAAUUCGUCUUUACAGUGCAAAAUGUGAAGGGAAGGCAAAAGUGAAGUACACAGACACCAUAAACUUGCCGAAAACGCAAUUUCCUGCGCGUCUGGAAGCCAAAAAGCGCCUCUCAAUUGAGAGUGAAAUAAAUGAGCGAUGCUUCCGGCCUCUCUAUAGAUGGCAGAAUGAACAUCUUCAGUCACCGGCGUUUGUCCUGCACGACGGUCCUCCGUACGCCAAUGGAGAUCUUCACAUGGGGCAUGCGAUAAACAAGAUCUUGAAGGAUAUAACAAACCAUCACCACGUGAUUCGAGGAAGGAAAGUGCACUACAUUCCUGGAUGGGAUUGUCAUGGUCUCCCAAUAGAGUUGAAAGCUCUCUCCGGGGAUUCUUCAUCAGAUGCAGUGACAAUCCGAAAGAAGGCUCGUGAAUUCGCCCUGAAGACCAUUCAGAAACAGAAAGCAGGCUUUGACUCCUGGGGAGUCAUUGCUGACUGGAAGAAUGAGAAUGCGUACUACAAAACCACCUCUCCCGUGUUCAUUGCCAAUCAGCUGAGGGUGUUCUUCGACAUGUAUUCAAGUGGACUGAUCUACAGAGACUUGAAGCCUGUCUACUGGUCACCAUCCUCAAGAACUGCCCUCGCAGAGGCUGAACUUGAGUAUGACAACAAUUUCAAGAGUCCUUCGCUAUAUCUGAGACUCCCAGUGAAAACAAGUCUGCCAGAAAUUGAAAGCUUAGCCGGAGGCAGGAAUCUCUGGGCUUUGGUGUGGACAACAACUCCUUGGACUUUGCUCUCAAACCAGGCAAUUUGCUUCAACAGUGAAUUGGAGUACUGCAUUGUUGGAGUGCAAGAUUCGCCAGAUUGUUACAUAAUAGCUGCGGAUUUAUUGGAAGAAAACAGAGGAAUCUUCCCUAAUCCGAUUGAAGUUAUGGGCAAAAUUGACGCAAAACUGCUAAGUCGAUUACAAUAUCAGCAUCCCAUAGUCGAAAAUCGGGAGUUACCUUUCUUCUCAGCGUCGCACGUGUCUUCAGCGAAGGGAACUGGCCUUGUUCACACAGCACCGGCUCACGGAUUUGAAGAUUUUCUGGUGGGAAUGCAGCAAAAACUACCCACGGAGUGUUUCGUUGAUGAACUGGGAAAUUACACAGACACAUCACCAGAAUUCUUGAGACACAAAAACGCCCUGAAGGAAGGAUCUCAAACAGUGCUUGAGUACCUGAAAGCCAAAGACUUAAUAGUGCAUCUUGGGGAAAUAGAACACUCUUAUCCAAUUGACUGGCGAACAAAAGAGCCCAUCAUCAUUCGCGCCAGUGAUCAAUGGUUCAUCAACACUGAUAAGAUUAAAGAGAAAGCAAUUGAAGAGAUUGAGAAGGUUAGCAUUUUCCCGAGGGUGAAUUCAGUGGCUAGUAAAAAUUUGCUGAUAACACAGCUGCAAAAGAGACCAUACUGGUGCAUCUCUCGUCAGAGAGCCUGGGGCGUUCCGAUUCCUGUGUUCUAUGAAAAAAGCUCGAAGAAAGUUGUGACUUCGAAGGCUAUUGUGGAGAAAAUGUGCGAGGAAACGAUGAAGAAUGGAAAUAUUGAUUUCUGGUGGGAGAAAUCUGUGCAGGAACUCCUCCCAGAAAGCACCCAAGAACUGGAGAAAGGCAUGGACAUUCUGGAUAUAUGGUUUGAUUCUGGAAUAACCUGGUCACAUGCUCUGGAGGGUGAUAAAAUUGCCGAUUUGUACCUUGAGGGCAUUGAUCAGUUCACUGGAUGGUUCCAAUCAUCUCUCAUGACGAGUGUGGCUGUGAGGAGCAAAGCUCCCUAUAAAGCCAUCUUCGUGCAUGGCUUUGUGCUGGACGAAAAGGGUCAGAAGAUGUCCAAGAGUCUGGGAAAUGUUAUCCACCCCAAAGACAUCGUGAAGAAGUAUGGCACUGACACGAUGCGUUGGUGGAUUGCAGCGCACGGUACUCAGCACACUUCCAUUCUCCUGAGUGAGAAUAUCCUCCAGGCAUCGGCUGAGAAUGUUCACAAGAUCCGUGGCACUUUGCGCUACUUGAUUGGAGUUUGUGGACAGAUGAAGGAACGUGAUUUCCCAGAAGAUCUCAGCAAGUUCACAUUCUUAGACAGAUUCUUUCUGGGCAAACUGCGGGAUUUCCAUAAUUCAAUCUUCAAUUUCUACGAUGCAUAUGAGUAUAAUCGCGUAGUAUCAGCAAUUCUCAAUUUUGUCGCCAAUGAAGUGUCCAGCAUUUAUCUCCACUUGUGCAAGGAUCGCCUCUACUGUGGCAGCGAUGCUGAGUACAGCAGGAUUCAGCAGACAAUGAAUGCGUGUUUUAUGCUAUUGGCCAAGGCACUGUGGCCAAUUGUACCGUUCGUGGUUGAGGAGUGCUGGAGCCACUCUAGCGGCGAUGCACCCUUCGGACAGCAGAAAAUUGGCACACCUCCAGCAUCGUGGGCGGACGAGGAGGCUAAGGCGGUGAUUGAGAAAUGUCUACAGCUCAAGGAGGCACUCAAUAGAUUAACCACUCAGACAAACACAUGGAAAUUAAAUGUCAAGAUUCUGUGUAAUCCCAUCGAUUACGAAUCAUUGAGGAAACUCCAGCCCGAGAAUGGUGAAGACUCGUUUGGCUCUCAAUUGAGUGAACUUCUACAAGUUUCCACCGUACAAUUGACUAAGCUUGAGGACAAUGCUGAAUGUCAAAUCCAUAUGGACAUCAGCGAGUCUCCUCUUUGUCCCCGAUGUCGCAGAUUCGCUCUCAGUCCCGGUGACAUCGUUUGCAGUCGCUGCGAUGUGGUUUUAAGGACAAAGAGCCGCUGCACGUGA